GGUCAGUUUCGCCACCAAACUAUUUAAACUGACAAAUUUGAAUCGCAUUAUAUUGAGGUUUAGUUAGGGUUUUAAAUUUUUUUCCGGCUUCAUUUUGGCGGAUUGCUCCCAUCUAAGCUUCUGGUAGGGAAAACCAUAAAAUCCCAAAUAGCAGAGGUCAGUCUGUUGAAGGAAUUAUAAGAUGAGCACUACAGUACGUAGAACUCCCAAAUCCUCUGGGAGUCGGUCAUUGUUUUUCCAAGAUUUGGCUUCCCCAGUGUCUACGCAUAAAGGGAAGUUCUCAACUCCAGGUCAGGCAGCUGCAGUAUCUGCUCUAUGGCGUGAGAAUUUUAGUGGGUCGGAUCUUCCACCCCCUCCCAUGUAUACCUUGGAGGACCGUUCAGAUUUCUCCCCUGAAUCUGGAAUUCCUGAUUACCCUCUUUCCCCAGAAGUAAAAUCAGACCCUAGAAGUCCUAUCCAAAAUUCUGGGAGGGACUUCAUGACUCCAGCAAAAAGCAAAUCUGAGGCUAGCACUUCAUUUGCUUUGAUGAGUGAUCAUCAGAAUCAACAGGGUUCAGCAUGGUGGUCAUCCACUAAGGUUAGUAGCAGUGAGCAAGAAGAUAAGGGGAAAGGUUCUCCAGUUGAAGGUGUGGUGCAACCCGGUGCUUUGAUCACACUACCACCACUGAGGGAAGUUGCAAGACCAGAGCGGCAGAGGAACUGCUUGCCAGCAGGGAAUCUUGAUGAGGAAGAAUGGGUUACCGUUUAUGGGUUCUCUCCUGGUGAUACCAAUUUAGUUUUGCGGGAGUUUGAAAAAUGUGGUGUGAUAUUGAAACAUGUUCCUGGUCCGAGGAAUGCUAACUGGAUGCACAUUCUUUAUCAGAGUCGUUCUGAUGCUCAGAAGGCUCUCAGCAAGAACGGGAUGCAAAUAAAUGGGGUACUAAUAGUAGGCGUGAAGCCGGUAGAUCCUAUGCAACGAGAAGCUUUGAAUGAAAGAAUUAACAAUCCGGGAUUCAUGACUUUACCCCCACCACCAUCUUCAACAAGCUCAGAUUUGAAGACAAUAAGAGUUUCUUCUCGCCCCUACUAUCUUCAAAAUGGCAGUGGCAGCGCCCAUCAGUCAGGAGGUGCCAUUGCUUCUCCAACCAAGUCUAUAGUGUCCAAAAUCUUUGAUGUUAUGUUUGGCAUUUAGAUUAAAUUUUUGUCAUAUAUAGGGCUCUUUAUUGUCUUCGAAAAUGGGAUGCAUAACGGCUUUGUCAAUUCAGGUUUAAGUUCGAGAGAAGAGAGUCUUCAUUCUAUAUUGAAUUUGAAAUAGUAAAAGAUUAUUUGAAACAUAAAACAAUAAAUAAAAAAAAACAAUGCAAUUCGAGUGAA